GUAUGGCGACUCGGGCCGGGAGACGCUGAGGAGAUCCGGGACCCUGGGGAAUCCGCGUCCAUCCGACCCGGUGCGGCGCUGCCCGCUCGCUUCACUGGUUUUGAGCGGCGGGACCGGGGACUGCGAUGGUUACAGGAGUUGCCGGGCUCUGAACUGGCAUUCGUGAAGCCGACUUGGGCGGGCAGAGCAGCCGAACUGGGCCGCUGCCAUGGAGCUGAGAGUCGGGAACCGAUACCGGCUGGGCCGGAAGAUCGGGAGCGGCUCUUUCGGGGAUAUUUACCUAGGAACCGACAUUGCUGCCGGUGAGGAGGUUGCCAUCAAAUUGGAAUGUGUGAAAACCAAACAUCCUCAGCUCCACAUAGAGAGUAAAAUCUACAAAAUGAUGCAGGGAGGAGUGGGUAUUCCCACAAUUAAAUGGUGUGGAGCUGAAGGAGACUAUAAUGUAAUGGUGAUGGAGUUGUUGGGACCAAGCCUUGAAGAUCUAUUCAAUUUUUGUUCAAGGAAAUUCAGUCUGAAGACAGUCCUGUUGCUUGCUGACCAAAUGAUUAGUCGGAUUGAAUAUAUCCACUCUAAGAACUUCAUCCACCGAGAUGUAAAACCUGAUAACUUCCUGAUGGGUCUGGGAAAGAAAGGCAAUCUGGUCUACAUCAUAGACUUUGGGUUAGCCAAGAAGUAUCGGGAUGCUCGAACUCACCAGCACAUUCCAUAUCGUGAAAAUAAAAACUUAACAGGAACUGCCCGUUAUGCAUCUAUAAACACUCAUCUUGGAAUUGAGCAGUCUCGCAGAGACGACUUGGAGUCCUUGGGCUAUGUACUGAUGUAUUUUAACCUGGGCUCCCUCCCCUGGCAGGGACUGAAGGCAGCAACAAAAAGACAGAAAUAUGAACGUAUCAGUGAAAAGAAAAUGUCUACUCCCAUUGAGGUUUUGUGUAAAGGAUAUCCUUCCGAGUUUGCUACAUACCUGAAUUUCUGCCGCUCUUUGCGUUUUGAUGACAAACCAGACUAUUCUUAUCUAAGACAGUUAUUCAGAAACCUGUUCCACCGACAAGGCUUCUCCUAUGACUAUGUAUUUGACUGGAACAUGCUCAAAUUUGGUGCAAGCAGAGCUGCUGAAGAUGCUGAACGUGAAAGGAGAGAACGAGAAGAAAGAUUGAGACAUACACGAAAUUCUGCAGUACGUGGUUUACCCUCCACUGCCUCUGGGAGGCUGAGGGGAACGCAAGACGUAGCUCCUCCUCCUCCCCCCCUUACUCCAACUUCGCAUACUGCUAAUGCCUCUCCUCGGCCAGUGUCUGGAAUGGAGCGAGAACGGAAAGUGAGUAUGAGAUUGCAUCGUGGUGCCCCUGUCAAUAUCUCUUCAUCUGAUUUAACAGGCCGCCAAGAUACUUCUCGCAUGUCAACUUCACAGAAUAGCAUUCCCUUCGAACAUCAUGGCAAGUAGCUGCUCGUCUCCUCGUUGGAAGGCAGCAUUGGAUUCCUGCUCGUGUGACUACCAGUGUUCUCCAGUCUGCUGUGCACCGAUGAAAAUAAUUUUGCCAUAGAGGGCAGAUAAUGCAUGGCUGAUCGCCUAUGUUACCAAUGGCUUUAUUAGCAAAAAUACCCCAACCUAGAGCAGAAAUAUUGCAACUGGAGCUCUCCAUGCCACUUACAAAGAGAUACUUGCAGGAACGUGGACAAACUCCAACAGCUGCCAUUAAAAGAGGCUCUUGCCAGAAACCCAAUGACCUUAAGUGAACUCUGUAGUAACAGGGCUGGAAAAGGAAGAGAUGGUUUACAGAGUUAACCACUUGUUGUUGAAAAGCCAUUUCAGUUCUCCUUCCACAGGUGGCAGACUUUACCCCUUUUUAUUAUUCUACUGUAACUAUAAAUCUUUUACCUGGUUGGUUAAAGAAAAUUUUAUAUCAUUUUGCUAAGAUUAUUGGCUUAAUUCUGUGUAAAGAAUUCUGUCUUGCUUUUGUCUGAUUUUAAAAAUGUCAAAUAUGAACAAUCCUGAAUUAAAGACAAUGACUUGAAAUUUCUUGUAAAAUUUAGCCUGGCAGGGAAUAUGUAAAUUAAUUAAAACCAUUUGAUUUUAUUUAAACUGUUUACUUUUUUUUGUAUGGUGCCAUUUGGGAUGUGGGGUGAGGGAGUUCUCCUGAAAGUUUUUUAAUAUGCAUUAGUUUUAUUACUUUGCUUCUUCCACAUUUUAAAUGGAACUCUCCAUGAAACACAGAAACAUUUUUGAAUUUUUACUCUUCUCUAGUACAGUCAGAGAAAAC